GUUGCGGUUGAAUGUUCACUAAAGGGCUUAAAAAGUCUGACACUACAGCCCACCUACAGGAGAAUUCGGAGGAAAAGAAAGAGGUCAAUCCAAAGUAGAAAUAAAUUACCAACUAAUUUAUUGGUUGACUUGGGUCUCUGGUGAAGAAAUUAAGAAACCCUUCUCCGAGAGAUUGUGAAUUGUGAACCCAACUCAUAGAAAUGGAGACACAACAAUCAUGGAGAGUGAGAUUAUCGUUCAAGAAUGUGACGAUUAUGUUAACAGUAUUGAAUUUGAUCACUGCCCUUUUCUUGCUUCAGGGCUUUCUCUCGUCUGCUUCUUCUCGCAACAACAGAAUCUCAUCAUCUAACCAAUUUAACUCAGUUCAACUGAGCUAUGUCAAGGAGUCUGAAGAGAUACGCAUUGCCAUGCAACCCUGGAAACUGAUAAAAAGAGUGAAGGAAAUUGAACAAGAAGCAUAUGUAGAACAAGAAACAGUCCAACAGAAAGAUGCAAAGCAAACUGCUGCUGUUGAUCUUUCAAAGAGGUUAAAGGAUUUCCGUGCUAUUAAUGAUGCUGCCAGCUUGAAAGCCUUGGAGGAAUGGCGGAAAAGGAAGAUGGAACGAGCCAGACUACGAGAACUAGAAAAGAAUGGAACAGGGACCUCUCAAGCUUGAUGACCUUGUGCUCGGAAUGGUUGAUGCCAAGUUGCAAACAUCACAUGAAGUUGUCUCCAUAUGUAUACGUGUAAAUAUUGCCACCGUGCUUUCAUAGAAAACAAAAGUACUUUAUCCAAGAUAUAUAUAUAUAUAUAACUGCGUCCA